CCUCCCCGACUCGCUCGCUCCAGCUUCUCUUCGCCGCCGCCGCCGCAAAAUGCCGUUCAACAGGUAUGUGGAGAUCGGGCGGGUGGCCCUUGUGAACUACGGCAAGGACUACGGCCGGCUCGUCGUCAUCGUCGACGUCGUCGACCAGAACAGGGCACUUGUGGAUGCAGCUGACAUGGUCCGGUGCCAGAUGAACUUCAAGCGGCUCUCGCUCACUGACAUCAAGGUUGACAUCAAGCGCAUCCCUAAGAAGGCAACUUUGAUCAAGGCUCUGGAGGAAGCUGAUGUGAAGAACAAGUGGGAGAGCAGCUCAUGGGGCAAGAAGCUGAUUGUCCAGAAGAGGAGGGCUUCACUCAAUGACUUUGACAGGUUCAAGGUCAUGCUGGCCAAGAUCAAGAGGGGAGGAGCCAUCAGACAAGAGCUCGCCAAGCUGAAAAAGGAGGUUGCUGCUGCUUAGAACACUUCGGUGUGCAACCUGUUGAGAUUUUGAUCAGCAAUGUUUCGAUGUCCUAUCUUGAAAUAUUGUGCGAAUUACUCACUGUUAUUGGUGUCUUGAUGAAAUGUUAGUAUUAAACAUCCAGUAUUUGAGAUCUUCCAGAAUUCAUCUGAAUCUGAGAUGGUAUGUUUGGUAUGCGGUAUCUUACUACAGCGUGAUUUGUGUUC